GCAGUGCAGGCUGGGAAAAGCAGGGAGCCGCCGGAGAGUCUAUGAGAGUCUGACGCCAUGUUGGUAGCUUUGUGUCUCUUAUAAAUAAAGAUCGGCGGACGGGCGGGCGGUGUAUUGGAUGGUUGCCUGGACACUUUGAUCUCAGGGGGUGAUUGACGUGUUACUUGCUGUGUCCUGACUUCACCCGAGGAGCCAUGAGAGAGUUCACGAAUGACCACCUGGAGGUUCAAGCUCAAAAAUGUUAUGGCAUCACCUCCCCGAUUAGUUGGGCUGGUCCCAAAGAAAGCGAUCACGUCUACACUGCGAAGCUGAUUGAGGCCUUGGCGCCUUUUGGAAUAUUUGAAGACGAUGAGGAGCUCAGUCACAGAAUGUUUGUAUUGGGCAAACUUAACAACUUGGUCAAAGAAUGGAUUGCAGAACUAGGAGAAAUUAAGAGCCUUCCACCUACUGUAAUAACCUCAGCUGGAGGCAAAAUCUUCACAUUUGGAUCUUAUCGGCUUGGAGUUCAUACUAAAGGUUCUGAUAUUGAUGCUCUGUGUGUUGCUCCGAGGCAUGUUGAGAGAACAGAUUUCUUUCAAUCGUUUGUUGAAAAACUAAAGCUCCAGGAUGGGAUAAGGAAUGUCCGGGCUGUGGAAGAUGCUUUUGUACCCGUUAUAAAAUUUGAAUUCUUCAAGAUAGAGAUUGAUUUAGUUUUUGCUAGGCUUCCCCUGCAAUGUAUUCCUGAUAAUAUGGACUUGCGUGAUGAUUCACAUUUGAAAAAUGUAGAUAUAAGAUGCAUAAGGAGUUUGAAUGGUUGCAGAGUUACAGAUGAAAUUUUGCAUUUAGUGCCAAACAGAAACAAUUUCAGAAUAACUCUGAGAGCUAUCAAGUUGUGGGCGAAGAGGCGUGGUAUUUAUUCAAACAUAUUGGGAUUUCUUGGUGGUGUUUCAUGGGCAAUGUUGGUAGCGAGGACUUGUCAGUUGUACCCAAAUGCUGCAGCGUCCACUCUUGUCCACAAGUUUUUCCUUGUCUUUUCUAAAUGGGAAUGGCCUAAUCCAGUGUUACUGAAGCAUCCAGAAGAAAGCCAUUUGAAUUUACCAGUUUGGGAUCCAAGAGUAAACCCAGCUGACCGCUAUCACCUUAUGCCUAUAAUUACGCCAGCAUAUCCUCAGCAGAACUCUACAUUUAACACCUCUACCUCAACUCGUGCUGUUAUGAUGGAAGAGUUCAGGCAUGGUCUUGGUGUCACUUAUGAAAUCCUUCAAGGCAAAGCAGACUGGAUGAAACUUUUUGAACCACCCAACUUUUUUCAAAAAUACAAGCAUUACAUUGUUCUGAUUGCCACCACAGCUUCAGAAGAGCACCAUCUUGAAUGGUUUGGUUUGGUAGAAUCCAAAAUCCGUGUCCUUGUUGGAAAUUUGGAAAGAAAUGAAUUCAUUACACUUGCCCAUGUUAAUCCACAGUCUUAUCAUGGGGACAGAGAGCUGUGUAAAGAUAACGAGCACUUGUCCAUGUGGUUUCUUGGCAUAAUCUUUAAGAAGGUGGAGAACACAGACAGUGUAAACAUUGAUCUAACGCAGGACAUUCAGUUAUUCACAGAUACUGUUUACAGACAGGCAAAUAACAUAAAUAUGCUGAAAAAGGAUGUGAAGAUUGAAGCCACACAUGUGAGGAGGAAACAGCUCCAUAAGUACCUCCCUCCAGAAGCACUGCAAAAGAGAAAGAAACAGAGUAUUCCAGAUAUCGGUAAAUCGGCCUCUGGUUUGUUAUCUAAACGUUCAUCCCUGGAUGGCAAUUGCCUGGACAGCUCCCAGGAUGCAGACUCUGAGUUUCUUGCAUCUUGCCACAAAUCCUCUAGAUCAAACAGUCCAACUUUCUUCGAGGCCCAGAGGAAUUCCAUACCGGAGGACUCUACAUCAAACACUGUUCCAUCAACUCAGAGGAUAGUCUGUACAGGUGUGCCUUCCAUAACUACCCAAGGAUUGGACAGUAUAGAUACUGAAGUACAUUACCAGACCUCUGUAUCUUCUCAGAACUCUAGAUCAAACAGCCCUUCAAUGCCAGAAGCACACAGGAACCCUGAAUUGGAAACUUCUGCACCAAAUCUCGCAUCCCCAUUAAAUGUCGCAUCAGAAACCUCUCGAGGGCAGUCCAUUCCUGUCCUUGGAAAAAAUACUGAUCUUGAUCCUGCUGUGGCAGUGAAGACUCAGGUGUCGACUGGCUACAGUAUUCCUACAGUAGUUGGCCUAAAUGUUGUUUCACGUCGCAUUGCUUCUCCAGAAAUUUUUCAGGGAUCUCUACACAAUGGAGUGCUAAAUGUCAGCCCAAAUUCUGCUUCGAAAAGGCCUCAUUCUCCAAUUCCAGAGCUUUCUCCGAAGCGUGUAAAAGACACCCAGAUUCCAGGCUUGUCAGAUUCUGCCUUUGUGGAGCCACCUUUCCCUGAGCAGGACGAACGGAGGAGAUCUGUGGAUAGACUAAGUAUCACAGAACCUAUGCCAAUUCCGACUAUUGAACGUGGCAGAUCCCAGAGGCUACAGAGUAACGAGCUGCCUGAUGCAUCUUCGCCUGCACCAACCAGUAGAGUGCGAGUGGCUAAAAAUUCUAUUAGACUUACAUUAAACCGGUAACUCCCCUCUUAUGGAUGUUUGAAGCAAUAACCGAGCAGCUCUCAAGGUAUUUUUUGACAAAAGCCCGCGCAUAGCUGUUUAUACGUGCUGGUUUGUAUGAAUCGUCGAAGAAUGGUAGGGAUGCAAACCACCUCCUGUUUCCAGCCCAAAGCUGUGUACUGCCAACACUUUCUGCACACAAUUUUAGUCUUUUUUAAAGUCCCUUUUCACUUUAUUUUGUUUUUCUUUGCAAAAAAAUGUAAAAAGUAAAAAAAAAAAAGUAAUUUGUAAUAUUUUCCAUUUGUGAUAUGUUCCGUGCUCUUAAUUUUUUUUUUUUUGGUCAGCGUAUUCUCAAUUGUUUAAAAUAUUUAAAAACAAAGAAAAAUAAUGUCUUAUUUGUAUGAAAAGCUGUUGAGAGCCUUUGUUUUGUGCGUCUCUCCCUUUUUGUUCCCGAAUCUGAUUUGUGUUCCAACUUGUAUUGAGUUACUUUACCUCACUAUCUGGGGUGUUAGUUUUUCCUGGGUAGUAAACAAAAGCCUUGUUUUCUGUGGGCUUGCCAACACUUCAUAAUCUGCUUUCAAUGCAGAAAAAGAUUUUAAUUUCUAUCUGGAAUACAAAGGUAAACUGUCUCCCGUGGAGACUUAAAGGGUAUGUUAACAUUUAUGUUUAGGACAAUAUUUGGAUAGAUCCCCCAACUUCCCUUAAUUUAUCAAGAAACUCUAAAUAUAAAUUCAGAUUGGGUCAUCCAUCCCAUUAAAUAUAGGUGUCUUGGCAUGUUAUGUCUGUGCCUAUAAAAUACAGAUGUGACCUCCUAAAAUGGCCAAUGGUAAAACGAAAAACCUAUUCCCACAGUUAUAGGGUUUAUGAAACGUAAAUUUCAAAAACCCCUCUCCUCCUAAAUUUAGUUGCACGCCACUUUGCGUUUCCCUUAUGGAACUGAAGCCCUCAUUUCUAGUUUCAUCUGCAGGUGAAAACUUGUAUCCAUUUACACAAGUACCUCUCUGACCUACAGACCUAGGGGAACAUCUGCUUGGUCCAGUCAUUUAUGAUCAAAUUGGGGGAAUGUUCCUAUUUUAGGCACCUCCAUGACUAUGGCUAAGCCUGCUCAGGGAAAGAUUGAUGGCCAGGAUGGAUUUUUCUGGCCAUUCAUCGUUUUUUAGUUGAGACAGCCUGCACAAUUCCUACCUCCUUUCCCUAUAGGUACAAACGUGCAAGAAAAAUCAUUUGACGGCCUAUUCAAUAUGGAAUGACAUUAGAUGGCUUUGAUUUUACAAAGCAAGUAGGAGAGUGUAUAUGGGAGGUUGAUUCCAGAGAAGGUAUUCUGAAGCAAAAACAAUCCCUUUUUUUGAUUAUUGCAUAAAAUUCUAUGGCUGCUAAAGUUCAGGCUUUUUGUCAGAGAAAAAAGUAUUCUUUCAUAAUUGCCUCAGGAACUAUUUAAUAUCUUGCUUGUGCUGAUUGCCUUUUAUUAUGCUGUUCAUUAUUUUUAGAGCUUUUUUUUUUUCCACAUGAACCCCUCCAUUUUGUUGUAAGUCUACUGUAUGUCAUGUCCUAAUAAAUGUACUGCCAAAUAAAUCCUAUUAUAAUGGAAGUCGUAUAUUCAGACUAUAUAUUUUUUUUUUUUUUGUAUAUCCAUCUUUCAAACGUGACAAUAAAAAACUACUCCCCUCA